GAAAUUUCUGGAAAAGUUAUUAAAAUUCGAAAAUAAAUAAGAAAUAUACAAAUACUCGGAACAUUUCGAAUAAAAUACAGAUAUUGUGAAAACGACAAAAUAUAUCAUUCGUGCGAUGUGGAUCGAUCAGCAUGAAAAAUUUCGAGAUGUUCUAAAUAUAAAUAUUGUGAGAAAUCUGAAGUCGAGUGCAAAAAAACGUCAGCUAAUAACCAUCGAGCUAAGUCACGAACUUUUAUAUGUGUACGAGCAAGACAAAGUGGGAGUGUGAGCAGACGAGGGAGAAGAGACGAUUUGAAGAGUCGCUCUAUUGAUAAGAGUCAGCAACAAUGAGGCUUUAAAAAAAAAAAAGAAGCGUUCAGCAAGAAAAUAACAGAAGGAACGGACGGCAAUUGCGAUUAAGAUCGAAUGACUCUCGGCUGAGAAAGAGAGGGGAACGAACAUUUAAUUCCUAACUUUUAUUUUUUUUCUCCACGAUUUCACAAAUUUUUCAUUCUCCGGGCGCGCGCGACACUUGUCGAUCGUCGUCUGUUCGUUAGUUCUCCUCCGGCGGUCGAAGGUGGCAUGUCGCCGUGGAGAAAGGACGAAAUCUUUAAUUUUUAAUCCCCGGAAUUAAUCCAAAAAACGAUUUAAAAAAUAUGGAUCCUGUUUGGUUGGGAAAAGAAAUUUUCGGGACACGUGGUCCAAAAAGAUACGCCGGUAAUCCCUUUCCAAGGAGACCCUGGCUGCAGGACAACGGAGCAGCAGCGUCCGCUGGAACUACGAACGUCGGAGUAAAAGGAAUUAUAGCUGGCGGUAUUACCGGUGGCAUAGAAAUUUGCAUCACUUAUCCCACCGAAUACGUCAAAACACAAUUGCAACUCGAUGGCAAAACAGGAGCAGGCAAACAGUACAAUGGAAUAUUCGACUGUGUUAAUAAAACCGUAAAAACAAAUGGUUUUUUUGGCCUCUACCGUGGCUUGUCGGUCCUUCUCUACGGUUCGAUCCCUAAAUCGGCCGUACGUUUUGGUUCAUUUGAAACAGUCAAGAAACAACUUGUUGACGCCGAUGGAAAACUCAACCCACAGAGGAGACUUCUCGCCGGUCUCUGCGCUGGAAUUUGUGAAGCCAUUUUUGCCGUCACUCCCAUGGAAACUGUCAAAGUCAAGUUUAUCAAUGACCAGCGUUCUGCGAAUCCCAGAUUUCGAGGAUUCUUUCAUGGCGUCGGGCUCAUCGUCAAAGAACAUGGAUUCAAAGGAGUCUAUCAGGGAGUUGUGCCAACUAUCAUGAAACAAGGUUCCAAUCAGGCCAUUCGUUUCUUCGUCAUGGAAACGAUGAAGGAUUGGUACAGAGGAGGUGACAAUAACAAGAGUGUACCAAAACUCGUUGUCGGUUUUUUCGGUGCUUGCGCUGGCGCGGCAUCCGUUUUUGGUAACACCCCAAUAGACGUCGUGAAAACCAGGAUGCAGGGUUUGGAAGCUUCGAAAUACAAAGGAAGUGUCGAUUGCGCGGUACAAAUAUGGAAGAAUGAGGGACCACGAGCUUUUUACAAAGGAACUGUACCAAGAUUAGGAAGAGUUUGCCUCGACGUUGCAAUAACAUUUAUGAUUUAUGACUCGUUUAUGGAUCUCUUUAACAAAUUUUGGCCCUGAGCGAUGACGUCGAGAAAGAAUCAUAUUUUCGCGGUGUCGCUGGUGCGGCACUCAAUGUACAUAUAAAACAAAUUUGUAUACACGCGGUUUUUCGUAGGACACAAACACAUAGCUAUGUAUAUAGAUACAUAUAUAUAUAUAUAUAUACAAAAACAUAUAUACAACUCCGAGACGGAAGGUCGGUUAUUGGACUCGAUUCUGUACGAAGCUACAUUUUCGAGUUACACAAGUAACGUAGAUUAUCGAUCGGACAAUCCUAAAGUCCCCAUAACCGAAAGCCUAGCUAAAAUCUGACCGAAAGUCUGAUAGUAUUAAGUACCCGGGAUUGCAGUUUUAAUCGGGGCAACAUUUCAGAGUGCAUUCAUUGGAAUGUUUUUAUUCCGAUACGUUCCAUAAAUAGCGAGGGACGUAUCGAUUUUAAAAUGUUUACCACUCUACUGAUUUGUGCUUGAAAUAUUGAGAUAACACGGUCAUUCGGAUUCUUCGAAACGAAUGUAUGAAAUUAUUGAUUUUUCGCAAUUUAUAUUUGAAAAUUUUGGUGAUGAGUCCUGGGUAACUAUUGCCAUUGAUCAGUCAGUGCUACUGGUCAAUCACCGGAACAACGAUGCACGAAAAAUAUCAGAAUACUGUACGUAUCGAGUGAUCGCGGAUUUGGGGAAAUUCUAUUUUUCCCAUUUUCAUGAAACAGCAAUGAGAUUCGUAAUUUUAUAACAAAUCUCUAGUACUCGAUUUAUGAGGCUACAAAACAACGAUAUUUCAAAGCAAUUUUCAAUUGAUGCAUUACAUAAAUUUAAUUUUGUUUGAAACUUCGAAAUCGUGACACAACAAGCAAUUGGAAUCUUACAGAUAAUUAAAAGCGCUCUAUUAAUAAAUUAUCAAAACAACGACGUACGAAAGGGAUUUGGAUUUUUUUACGAAUUUGCUAGAUUUAAAAAUUUUUGUCUCAACUUUUAGAUACCAAUAUCGAAAAGCCUCGUUAAAUAUCGCUAUUCUUGAUGCCGUACACCCGAAGAAGUUUUCAUUGCACUUCAUUUAAUGAAAGCCAAAAAUAAACUCGAAUUCGUAAACAAAAUAAAUUCACAUGCUCAAUGUGAAUCGUGCCUACAAAAAUGUAUGUUUAUCAGAUUCUCGGAGUUGAAUCGAGUGCCACUGUAUCUUAGUUAGAGUUAGUGUUAGUUCGUGUUAGGAAAAAACGUCGCCCAAAUUAUGUCUGAGAAAAAAAUAUAUAUAUAUAUAUUAAUAUAUGUACGAGCCAAUAUAAUGUCCGAGCGUGUACAAAAGUGUUUAUUCCAUACGAGAGAGAACAUUCCAGCACAAUAGUCAAUAUUGAUGCAAUUUUGUAUACACUUAAAAGAGAUUAUUGUAUAUUUUUCAUCUAUUCGGUGUACGAAACCAAAAGCCUCUCAUGUCAAAGCGAGAAUAUUAUACACAUAUUUUACAACUAUUAUUUACAAAAAUAAGACAAAUUCUAUCUGCACGCAGAGUUAUUUCCUGCGGAUCCUCGACGAGUGUUGCGAACGUUUUUUUUUCUCGCGAUCCUCCCGAUUUUUCGAACCUGAAUAUUGCAAUAAACAGUGGUAUUGUUUAUCCUGUA